AUGGAGUAUAAGGCAGAUAUUCUUCUGAAUCCAUGUGGUAACGAUAGAAACUUCACAAACAUCACGUACCAGAUACACGUACCCGAUGGAAUCACGUGGGUUCGACUACAAGAGGUCCACGAAGGGGAAGUAUUCCUUAUAAUCCGACAAUUGAGGGCUCUAAAGGAAAACCAUACAGAUUUAGUCAUCAUGUCCUCUAAGCUCAUGAGCGCAUUUCCUGUCCAAAACCAGCAGUCAUUUGCUCCAAUGGAGGCAUCAGAAUACUCCGAGAAGCACAUCCGGGAUUCCGCCAUUCAACAUCACACACGCUGGUUGCUGUUUUUGUUCAGUAAUGACGUCAUCGGACAAAGGAUACUGAACAACAUAUCGCUCGACAAUUUAGCCCUUAUAGUUCUGGAAACUGAGGACAGGAUUGAACAGAAGAUAUGCCACUCCAUCGAAAGUAUUCUACUUGCAGAUGAAUGUGCGGAACACGGAGUUAUUAGUGGCACCGAGUCCCUCAAACAUACGAUAGCGAGGCUGUUUCAUAGUAACAACCUAUGCCGUAAGUUUACGAUACAAACUCUGAUGUGGCGGGAUGAUGGACGAGAAUUGUCACCAGUCGGAUCUAUUAACUUAAAUGGAGAAAAAGAUUUACACUCAGAUGUAUUUCCUAACGUAGAUUUCGGAUUUAACCAAAGGAAGUUUAUUGUUUCUACUCAGCCGGUUUUUCCAUUUGAAUACAAAACCAACAAUUCAUUCGAAGGUUUGUGCAUUGACCUACUGGCACAGUUGGCAGUUGAAUUAAACUUUACUUUUGAAGUGAUUGUUUCCCCUGACGGAGAUUUUGGAGUGAUGUUGGAUAACGGCAGCUGGACAGGACUCAUAGGACAAUUACAGAGAAAGGACGUUGACCUCGUUGCUGGUCCAUUGUCAAUAACUAUCCAAAGGGAACAUGUCAUGGACUUCAUUCAUCCGUUUUUUCAUGACCAUUCUGUAGUUUUGAUACAAAAACCUGAUCCACAAGAAACAAAAUGGCGGACUUUAAUUGACCCUUAUAGUGAUACAGUCAUCAUCAGUAUCGGGUUGUCCCUGCCCCUCGCAUCACUCGUGCUUGUAGUUCUGGAAAACAUCAGCCCCGUCUACAGCAGAGAGGACAGGGCAGCCAACGAAAGUGACCUCAAUUCCUUUUUGGGCUCAUUCUGGUACCUGUUUGGAGCUCUUUUAACACAAGGUGGGAAAUACACUCCUUAUGCUCUUUCCGGUCGACUUUUUGUUGGCAUGUGGUGGCUGUUUUGUAUCAUCUCUUUGGCGACGUACAGUGGGAACCUCAUCGCCUCGCUCACUGUGUCAAAGGAGAAAUUGCCUUUUAAAUCGCUUAAAGAGAUGGUAUCGCAGGAUAAAUUUAAAUGGGGAACAUAUGGUGGCACUGUCUUUGUCACUAUGUUUAAGGUAUAUAUUACGAAGAUUUAA